GAGAGUAUUUAAAUACAUUCCUGAAGAGAGAGUUAGCCGAGUGGUGCUCUAGUGGUCUGGGGAUUAGUCGGUUACCUGCUGAGUAACGAGUACUACCAGACUAUUUUGAAAGUGUUGUGGUUCUGUAUCGCUGCUACUGAUCCGAACAUGAAGGUUUUCCUUGUUUUACUUGGUUUAGCCGCUUACUGCUCAGCCACUCAAGUGAAGCAGUGUAAAGGAAUCGGUAGAUCUAUAGAAGACUUAAACGAGCGUGUGAAAAUAGGAGCCUGCAACAAACCUCCAUGUAGAUUGAGAAAGGAUUCAGUCGUCGGUAUUACUUUAAAGUUCAAACCAGAUCACGACAUUAAAUCACUGGUAAAUACCGUGAACGCCAACAUUCUCGGAAUCCCCUUCCCAUUUGCUGGCGUCGAUGGUGUAGACGCUUGUAAAAAUAUUUACAACGAAGAUGGUACCACCAAGGUGGGAUGCAAUAUUAAAGCCGGCCAAGAAUACCUCUACAAAAGUGAAAUUGAAGUCCUGAAAAUUUACCCCAGGGUGAAAACUGUGGUGCACUGGGGACUGACCGAGCCAGAUGGACAAGAUGUGAUCUGUUUCGAAGUGCCAGCUAGAAUAACAAAUUAGUUUUAUUAAACAAGACAAAUAGAUUAAGUAUUUUACAUGUAAAUUAUUUCAAUAAAUAACUGUUAGUUUUUUAAUUAC